AUGAGCGCCGCUUCAACUGUGUCUUCGGCGCUGUCCCCGCGGAUGGGGUGGAUCGGUCUCGGAUCGAUGGGUCUCGGCAUGGCCACCAACUUGCAGAACCAUCUCAAGACGCACUUUGCUGGCAGUCUUCAGUUCCAUAACCGUACCAUGUCCCGAGGCGCUCCGCUGGAGAAGGCGGGAGGCGCUCCACAACCAAAUAUCGUCAACCUCGUCAAGAACACAGAUAUCGUGUUCAUAUCUCUCAGCGACGAUAAAGCACUCGAGGCAACACUGGACGCAAUCCUUGACAACACAGCCAGAGGUGAUCUGACCGGCAAGAUCAUUGUCGAUACUUCAACAGUCCAUCCCUUAUCAUCUGCAAAGGCAAAGGAUAGGUUGGCAGCAAAGCAAGCCCAGUUCGUUGCUGCGCCUGUGUUUGGGGCAAGCCCAAUCGCCGCGCAGGGUAAGCUGCUUUGGAUCGUGGCUGGACCUGAUGACGCCGUAGAGAAGAUCAAACCUUUCAUUGUCGGCGUUAUGGGUAGAGGCAUCAUCCGUUUAGGAGAAGAUGUGCAGAAGGCCAGCAUUAUGAAGACAGCUGGAAACUUCGUCACCGCGGGGAUGAUGGAGCUAGUCGCAGAAGCUCAAGUGUUUGCAGAGAAGUCUGGACUCGGCAGUGAGGCAAUGGAAGACCUUCUUGGGCAGCAGUUUGGACCCUUGGCACAGGGCAUGUCUAAACGCCUGACAACAGGUGCUUACCUGCCGCCUCGGGAUGAGCGGCCGUGGUCUGACUUGACCCUGGCAAUGAAGGAUGUUGGGCAUGGCCUGAGCUGUGCAGAACAGGUUGGUGUGCGUCUUGAUAUCGCCGAUAUUGCUGCCAGGCACCUGAAAGAAGCGAAGAAGAUCUCAGACACCCAAGGGCGGCCAUUUGAUUCUUCGUCAUUGUAUGGAGUGAUAAGAACGGAAGCUGGACUCGAUUUUGAGACGGAUUUGAUCAAAAAGAGAGAUGGCUCUGCCUGA